AUGUUCUCGGUGCAGGAGGCGCUGCCCCGGGGGGGGGUCCCCAUGAAGGAGGAGCCGCUGAGCGCGGGGCUCCCCGCCGGCCGCUGGCUGCAGGGCACCGGCAUCCUGGACGCCAGCACGGCGGCGCAGAGCGGAGUGUCGCUGGCCCGCGCUCACUUCGAGAAGCAGCCCCCGGCCAACCUGCGCAAAUCCAACUUCUUCCACUUCGUGCUGGCCAUGUACGACCGCCAGGGCCAGCCCGUGGAGGUGGAGCGCACCUGCUUCAUCGACUUCGUGGAGAAGGAGCGGGAGCAGAACGGGGAGAAGACCAACAACGGGAUCCACUACCGCCUGCAGCUGCUCUACAGCAACGGGCUCCGGACCGAGCAGGAUUUGUACGUCCGGCUCAUUGACUCCAUGUCCAAGCAGGCCAUCAUUUACGAGGGGCAGGACAAGAACCCCGAGAUGUGCCGGGUGCUGCUGACCCACGAGAUCAUGUGCAGCCGCUGCUGCGACAAGAAGAGCUGCGGGAACCGCAACGAGACCCCCUCGGACCCCGUCAUCAUCGACAGGUUUUUCCUCAAGUUUUUCCUCAAGUGCAACCAGAACUGCCUGAAAAAUGCCGGGAACCCGCGGGACAUGCGGCGCUUCCAGGUGGUGGUGUCCACCACGGUGCACGUGGACGGCCACGUCCUGGCCGUGUCCGACAACAUGUUCGUCCACAACAACUCCAAGCACGGCCGGCGCGCCCGGCGCCUCGACCCUUCCGAAGCAGCCACCCCCUGCAUCAAGGCCAUCAGCCCCAGCGAGGGUUGGACCACGGGCGGUGCCACCGUCAUCGUCAUCGGCGACAACUUCUUCGAUGGCCUCCAGGUGCUCUUCGGCACCGUGCUGGUGUGGAGCGAGCUCAUCACCCCCCACGCCAUCCGCGUGCAGACCCCCCCCCGCCACAUCCCGGGGGUCGUGGAGGUGACGCUGUCCUACAAGGCCAAGCACUUCUGCAAGGGCGCCCCGGGACGCUUCGUCUACACCGCCCUGAACGAGCCCACCAUCGAUUACGGCUUCCAGCGGCUGCAGAAGGUGAUCCCGCGGCACCCCGGGGACCCCGAGCGCCUGCCCAAGGAGGUGCUGCUGAAGCGCGCGGCCGACCUGGUGGAGGCGCUUUAUGGGGUCCCCCACAGCAACCAGGACGUGCUGCUGAAGCGGGCGGCUGACGUGGCCGAGGCGCUCUACAGUGUCCCCAGGGCCCCCGCGCAUGUCACUGUCCCCUCCUUCGGCGGGGGACAGCUCGGCCUCGCCAUGGGCGACUCCCCGCAGGGCUCCGAACAAGGGUUCUCGCGCAGCCCCGGGACGCCCCCGGCGCGGGGGUUCGGCCCCCCGGGCUCGGCCCCCCAGCAGGGCUUUGCCGGGGCCACCGGUGGCUUCGGCGGGGCCACCAUGGCCGGGCUGGGGGUCCCCGGGUCCCCUCCGAGCUUCCUGAACGGCUCCACCGCCACCUCCCCCUACGCCAUCCUGCCCGCCAGUCCCCCGCUGGGCGCCUCGUCUGUCACCGUCACCUCGGGCCCGGGCACGGCCACCCCUCCCGGUGGCUUCUCCUUCUCUCCGGUGACGAUGAUCUCGGCCGUGAAGCAGAAGAGCGCCUUCGCCCCCGUGCUGCGGCCACAGGGCUCCCCCCCGCCCGCCUGCGCCAGCGCCCUGCAAGACCCGGCUUUCGAGGACUCGGACAAAUUCCACGCUCCGGCGCGGCCGCUCCAGGGAUUGGCCUAUUCCUAAGGACGGCGUGUCCGGAGGGGCUCCGGACCCCCCAUCCCACCGGGACAGGAGCGGGGACAAGGAUUGGGGACAUCCCUGUCCCCUGUGCCCACCCCUCGCCUCCCCUCAGUGCUGGGAUGGCUCCGGAGCAGCCACGCGGAGCGGGAUGAGGGGACAUCCCCCUGAUGUCCCCACCCGGGUGACCCCGGCCUGGCCCGGCUGAGGGGGGACUUGGGGAAAUCCUGGAAUGAGCCAAAAUUCCUGGGUUUGGCCUCGGGAAGAGGCGGAGAGAGCCGGGAAUGGGGGGCAGUGGAGGGCGCGGGAUGGAGGUGCCGGGAUGGGCGGGAGGGGUGAUCCAAGGUGGGAUGGAAGCUCCAGAAAAGGAUGGAUGGUCCAAGGUGGGAUGGAUGUUCCAAGGUGGGAUGGAAGCUCCAGAAAAGGAUGGAUGUUCCAAAGUGGGAUGGAAGCUCCAGAAAAGGAUGGAUGAUACAAGGUGGGAUGGAUGCUCUGGGAUGGGAUGGAAGCUCCAGGAUGGGCUGGAUGAUCCAAAGUGGAACAGAUGAUCCAAGGUGGGAUGGAUGUUCUAAGAUGGGAUGGAAGCUCCAAGGUGGGAAGGAUGUUCCAAGGUGGGAUGGAUGCUCUGGAAUAGGAUGGAUGAUCGAGGUGGGAUGGAAGCUCCAAGGUGGGGUGGAAGCUCUAGAAAAAGGUGGAUGAUCCAAGGUGGGAUAGAUGAUCCAGGAAGGAUGGAUGCUCUGGAAUAGGAUGGAUGAUCCAAGGUGGGACAGACAAUCCAAAGUGGGAUGGAUGCUCCAGGAUGGGAAGGAUACUCCAGAUGGGAAGGAUACUCCAGGAUGGGAAGGAUGUUCUAUGGAAGCUCUGGAAAAAGAUGGCUGCUCUAGGAUGGGGGGUGGAUGAUCCAGGAUGGGAGGGAUGAUCCAAUGUGGGAUGGAUGCUCCAGAAUAGGGUGGAUAAUUGGAGUUGGCGGGAUGACCCAAGGUGGGAUGGAAGCUCCAGGGUGGGAUGGAAGCUCCAGGUGGGAUGGAUGACCCAAGGUGGGAUGGAUGAUCCAGAAUAGGGUGGAUACUCGGGGUUGAAGGGAUGAUCCAGAAUGGGAUGGAUGCUCCAGAAAAAAGAUGGAUAUUGAGGACUAGAGGGAUGAUCCAGGGAAAGAUGGAUGUGCCUGGGCAGGGGGAAUGAACUGGGGAUGGAUGGAUGAUGGAUGGAUGAUGGAUGGAUGGAUGGAUGAUGGAUGGAUGAUGGAUGGAUGAUGGAUGGAUGAUGGAUGGAUGAUGGAUGGAUGGAUGGAUGAUGGAUGGAUGAUGGAUGGAUGGAUGAUGGAUGAUGGAUGGAUGAUGGAUGGAUGAUGGAUGGA